AUUAUUUAAAAAGGUUUGAAUUAUUCCAUUCGGAUCAUAAGACUAUCGUUGUUUUAACUGUUCAUUUCGGAAAAAUGAGUGUUUUCUUCAGAGGCUAUAUUUCAAUCAUCCUUUUCUGUGGACUUUUAUUGUUUAAUAAAUGUUCUACUGAAGAUGUGAAGAAUUAUGAAAUUUCGUUAGAGUACAAAGGAGAUGCAAAAAAAAGUAAUUUAUUUAAACUUGAUUUUCAAAAAGGAGUAGACAAAAUUAGCGCCUCGGUGAACCUAUUAGUCGAAUUAACCAAUGAUGAUACGAUUGAAUGUCAAGCAUUUAAGGAUACGAAAUUAAUUUAUAAAUUAUCAGCUAAAGGGAUAUGUGAUUUUUUAAAAAGUCAUUACAAGAAUUUUUUCUAUGAUUCCUUAAAAAAUUAUUCUAAUGCACCUACGCCAGAGACGUGUCCGUUACCAAAACAGAAAUAUCAGCUUAACAAUUAUCCACUCAAAGAGUCUAAAAUUAUGAAAUUCAUGAAACCAGGACUUUAUGAUAUUAAGUGUAUAAUACACAAAGGUGAUAAUAAUGAGAACCAUGAGUUGCAUGCAGAAGUUAAGGAAAAGUAAACAAAUAUAAAUAUCUAUUUAAAAAAUUGGAGUAAUUAUUCAA